AUGCAGAUCCAAGUCCCACCAGCCGUCGACCAGCAGGCCAAGGUCUACGAUUGCAAGACCUGCGAGGUUCCUCUGGCCCUGGAGCGUAGCCGUAUCGCAAGACACAACAAGUACCAAGGACGCGAUGGCCCAGCCUUCCUAUUCAGAGAGACAAGCAACAUCCACGCCAGCCCCCCGUUCGAGAUGGAGAUGACGACUGGCCGGCACACGGUCCGCAACAUCUCGUGCGCAAAGUGCGACGCCCUGGUCGGCUGGAUGUACGUCAACGCUCCCCGCGCCUCGGAGCAGUACAAGGUGGGCAACUACAUGCUCGAGAAGGAGUUGCUGUGCGAAGGGGUCGAGGGCCAGCACGAGGCGGAUUCGCCUCUAUAG